UGAGGACUUCAGGAUCAUUCUUCCCAGGCAUGUGCCUCUGUCACUCACCAGCCUGCAGCUGCACGUUGCUGUCCCUCUGUGUCCUCUGUGUUCCCAGCACACGGCUCCCGGCCCUCCCCUCGCUGCCCCUCUGCAGCCUGACAAAACUUUUUAUACUUUCCUAAUUUAAUCUGCGGCUCAAAACAGGAAGUUUUGGAAGAUCUGAGCAAAGACAGUUGGACGUCGUUUGCUUUUGCUCCAUCAUGGGCCUCAUACGAAGCUGGGUAGUCGCCCUCCUGCUGGUGCUGCUGUCGCCGCUGCAGCUUCCACACUCUGGCUUAGCCCAGGAUGUGGCUGAGGAGGAAGAUGAGGUGGACACCAGACAUGCGGCGGAAGCUGAGGAUGAAGAUGGGGAAGGUGCUGAGGAAGACGAAGAGGUAGGAGAGGCGGAUGAAGAAGAAACUGACGAGGAGGAAGCUGGAGAAGAACAGGAGGAUGAUGAGGAAGAGGAGGAAGAUGAGGAGGAAGGAGAGGAAAAUGAGGAGGAUGGAGAGGAAGAGGAGGAUGAGGAUGAGGAAGAAGAUGAGGCAUCAGAGUCAGAUGACAGAAGUGAAGAGGAAGAGGAUGAUGAAGAAUACGAUGAGGCUGCAGACGAUGAAGUAGCUAAUGAUGAGGAAGAGGAGGACGAUGAAGCUGCAGAUGAUGAAGUAGCUAAUGAUGAGGAGGAGGAAGGCGACGCUGAGGAAGAGGAAGCAGAGGAUCAUCCUGCUGAAGAUGAAGAAGAUGAAGAGGAAAACACAGCAGAUGAUGCCGAUGAGACAAACGAAGAGGAGGAAACUUCAGACAAGCAGCAGUUCCACUCUGGAUCGCUGUGCAGCAUUUGCUCCAUCUGUGAGCGUUGCUCUGAACUCUGUGAUAAGUGUCCGUGUGCAGAAGGAGACGAGUCGGAUCACUGUGAGCGCUGCGAAGAUUGCUCGUCCUGCUACAUCUGCCCCAUCCUGUGUGACACCGUUUGCACUCCAGGCGGUUUCGUCGAUGAACUGACCGGAUCCAUCUUCCAGUCCGUUUCUUCUCUACUUUGAGCAAAAUGCACAGAAGCUUCUUCCAUGAAGAUGACUGUGAUAAAACGGUUGAUUCAGGAUUAAAACAAGGACUUGACAUCCAGCAGGAGUUAGUCUGCAGUCAUUGUUUAUGUCCUAAUUAAAGCUUUAAUGUUAUUAAGAGCUGGGAGGUCAGGCUGUGAGGUUUAUUACAUUUUUUUGUAUGAAUUUUAUUAUAAAAAAAAUAAAAGCUACAGUCACUCAUUUCAUGUUGGGGCAAAAAUAUAAAUAAAAGUUUUAAGUAACGUUUAUUGCCACUUAAAUACCAAGCAACUGUAGAAAAGUAACAUCCACCUCUUCUUAAAUCAUGGAUUAUAUGGAAAUAAAUUUUUCACUUUCAGAAAUGCAAAAGGAAAACAUUAUAAAACACAGUCCACUUCUCAUGACAGCAUGAUGUAAGAGAAAGAGCUGAAAUUCUUGAAUGGUUGAGAAAUGAAGUCAUGCAAUGUCAGUUUAGAAAACAUUUUAAAGACUUUUGGUCUGCAGUGGAGCCAGAGGCGGUCCCAGCCUGUGUGGCACCCUGGGCGAACCACCGCACUCUCCCCAAUAAAUUUAAUAUCAGCUUUUGUAUAUUCAAACACUGAAUAUAUAAGAAAUUAGACUGCUGUACUGACAUAGUGUAAAUGACAGUAGACUCAGAAUGCACCCAAUAUUGGCAAUUUACUAAAUCGUAAAGUUUAGGGACUGAGGGAGAGGCAUGGCGCUCGUCCCGCCUCCCACUGGUUGGAGCUGUUAUGAGGAGGAAAAAGUGAUGAUCGCACCCAGAGUGCCCGACUCUAACCCUGCAUCACAAAACAGCCAAAAGCAUCUGAAACCCUGCAGGCCUCAACCCAGUUAGCAUUAGUGUUGAUAAACUUAAACAGGCUUUUUAUGCUCUAGUGUGGCUAAAUUAAAACCAUUCUG